AUGUAUCGCAUAGGAAUCGACGUGGGCGGGACGAACUCGGACGCAGCCAUCAUUGAUAUAAAUGAAAUCGACACGCCGUCUCGCGGAGUUCUCGCGACAUGCAAAACGCCGACGACGGCACAUGUGACGCUGGGCAUCAAGGAAGCCGUUGAAAAAGUCCUCUUGGAAUCCAAGGUCGAUAGGAGCAAGGUCCUGAACGUCGCGAUUGGAACCACGCAUUUCGUCAACGCCGUGGUCGAGAACGACGCCAGGAGACUGAGCAAGGUGGCCGUGAUCCGGCUGUGUGGUCCAUAUACGAAAAAGAUUCCUCCAUUCUGCGACUUUCCGUAUGCGUUGCGCAACAUCAUCGAAGGGCCCCAUUACUACCUUGACGGUGGUCUCGAGAUUGAUGGGCGAGAGAUCUCGACGCUCGACCCGGCCCAGAUCAAGCGCACAGCCGAUGAGAUUGUAGCCCAAGGAAUCCAAUACGUCGCCGUUGUCGGCGUCUUCUCGGCGUUGGAUCACCAGGGCAUCCACGAGGAGAAGUGCAAGGCCCUCCUUCAGGAGUACUAUCCUUCGCUGUCGGUGGUGUGUUCCCAUUCCAUCGGCGGACCGGGACUGUUGCCGCGAGAGAAUGCCACGAUUCUCAAUGCGUCGAUUCUGGCGUUUGCCCGCAAAACCAUCAAGGGUUUCAGACUUGCCAUGGCGAAGUUGGAUCUCGCGUGUCCGCUAUACCUCACACAGAACGACGGCACGCUCACGGACGCCGCGGUGGCUGCUGAGCUGCCUAUCAAGACUUUUGCCAGCGGUCCGACCAACAGCCUGAUGGGAGCCGCCUUCCUCCAGGGACUAGACCAUGGGGACAAGAAGACGGCAGAUAAGCAGUUUGUCGUGGUAGACAUUGGAGGCACGACGACCGACAUUUGCGCCUUACUACCGAACGGCUUUCCUCGACAAGCACCAAACUUCGUCGAGGUCGGUGGCGUACGUACAGCAUUCAGUAUGCCGGAGGUUUACAGCAUCGGUCUCGGCGGCGGCAGUCGAGUACGACAGAGCGCGGAUGGCGGCAAAGUAACUGUUGGCCCUGAUUCCGUGGCGCUGCGCCUGACGACGGACGCGCUGGUGUUCGGGGGAGACGUGAUGACAUCCACGGAUGUUGUUGUUGCCUCUGGCGCCGCGAGCAUAGGCCAGGCCGACAAGGUGAAACACAUCUCUCCCGAGCUGAUCAGUGCUGUCAAGGCGGAUAUGAAGAGGCAACUCGAGAGAGCCAUCGACAACAUGAAAGUCUCUUCGGCCCCGGUGUCUGUGCUGCUUGUGGGAGGCGGCUCCAUCAUUCUCACGGACGAUCUGGCACUGGAUGGCGUGGAAGAAUGCCUACGGCCACCUCAUCACGACUCCGCGAACGCCGUUGGUGCCGCCAUCGCCAAGGUUGCGGGUGAGAUCGAUGUCAUUGAGGUUCUCGCAGGACGAGACGAAGAUGCUGCAGUCGAAGCGGCGAAACAGGCUGCCAUCAAAGCUGCCAUUGCGAAUGGAGCUGACGAGAGCACCGUGCAGAUUGUCGAGAUCAAGAAGAUCCCCCUGCAGUAUGUAACGAACAAAGCCACUCGAUUCGUAAUGAAAGCGGUGGGAAAUCUUCGAGUACGAGAUGGACCAGGCUGUGCCCACUCCAACGGUGUCUCCAGCGCUGAUAUCGGGGAGGACUUCGAAGCCAUCGAGGAAGUGAAGAAGGCCGAAGUCACCAAAGUCGAGAAGGGAAGUCUGGCCAAACCUGCGAUGGAGGUUGAUCUUACGCAGUACCGACCCCGAGUCGAGAAUGGGAUAUGGUACAUCUCCCCCGUCGACGUCGAGAUGAUCGCCUCCGGAGCAGGCGUCCUCGGCACUGGCGGCGGCGGCUCAGCGUACCUGAUGGCGCUGUACACCCAGAACCUCCUCCGCGACGGCGCAGAAGGCAAGAUCCGAGUCAUGCGUCCCGAGGACUUGAAGGAUUCCGACAUCUGCGUAUUCGGCGCUGGCUACGGUGCGCCGAGCGUGAGCGACGAGCGCAUCUCGUCUGGGACCGACGUCUUCACGGCCAUCGACGCAGUCAACACCAUCAUGGGCAUCAAGUCGUUCGACGCGAUCGUCACCGACGAGAUUGGUGGCGGAAACGGCCUCGUCACGAUGCCCACGAGUGCCAAAUACGACCGACCCAUCGUCGACUGCGACCUGAUGGGCCGAGCGUAUCCGUCGCUCGAACACGGAACGCCCUACGUGUACGGGUUUCCCGUCCUCCCCGUUGCCACGGCGGAUUGCAAGGGGAACUGCUCGGUCACCUUGACCGCAGAAUCGAACAGGAAGGUCGAAAGCUUGAUCCGCACCACCUGUGUCGAGCUGGGCAACUCGACGGGCACCGCGGGCCGGCCUCUCGAGGGGAAAGUGAUCAAGAAAUACACCGUGACGAACACGAUCUCGCAAGCCUGGUACCUCGGUCGUGCGGUCCAUCUCGCGAGACAGACGAAGCUGGACUUCAUUGAAGCCAUUGCAAGCAUCACGCCAGUCAAGUCCCUAUACACCGGCAAGAUCGUAGACGUGACACGCGACGUGUCCCGGGGAUACACGGUCGGAAAGGUCGUCGUAGCACCACUUGCGGCGGACGAGGAGGAAGGGACAUCACCGUCGUCGACCGCGUCUGAGAAGCGGCACCUCGUCAUCCCUUUCCAGAACGAAUACCUGUCCGCGGCCUACGUGGACAGCGAGAAAGGCGAGGGCAAGGAGGAGGUCAUCUGCACUGUGCCCGACCUCAUCAGCAUUCUCGGCCAGGACGGCGAGGCUCUGGGAUCGCCGGAACUACGGUACGGGUUGAAGGUCAGAGUCAUUGGUCUCCCUGCCCACCCGCUGUGGACGUCGACGCCGGAAGGUCUCAAGGUGGGAGGACCCGAAUACUUCGGUCUCGGCACCGAGUUCAAGGCGAUCGGAGAAUACCAAAAGCCUAGAAGUGUCAUUGACGAGUUCGGCACGGUUGGGAAACGUUAG